UUUAAAUUAUUGUUAGAUGAAAAGGUACAUUCAAAAUGUAUGUACUUAGGAAGGAUUAAGAAAAUUGUCUAUCUACGUAUAGCUAUACUUUAACGUUUUAAAUUCAUUUUAUUAUACAUGUUGCAAUUUGAUGUGCAUAACUUUUGGUUAUGUAUAAAUUACAAAUAUCUGGACGAUUGACAAUAUAGUACUUGAUUCGAUUUCUUUUAAUGGACGAGCACCUUGAAACGAAUUGUCUUCGAAACGUAGAUGUCGCAUCUGUGACCGGAAAACUUCUAGAAUUAAUCAAAUUUCAAAAAAACCUGUCGUGCGAUGUGUUCCCACGAUAUGAUUUCCUGCGUUGCUUUCGUUUAAAAAAGCGACAUGAAAGAAUUUUAUUCACACUCACGAUGACCGACGAGCAUUGAACGAAGAAGUAUUGAAUUUGAACCGCGACGUAUUUUCGAGUGACGCCGCAGCCAUGAUUGUUUAGUUUCGGGGGGAUGAAAAGUGAAUGUGAGCUACGGAUUUGAAUGAAACACGUACGAUUACAACGCGUGCCGACUUACUUCUGUAUUUGAUCAGCGUGUCUGUUAAUUGAGAGAUAUGGCUGUUUAGAUAUUUCUCUGAAAUGUGGUUACGAAGUGAACAUGUUAGUAGAAGACUACGUGGUCGUUUAAAUGUAAGUUGCAUAUCUGGAACCAAAAUAUCCCAUCAUCGGGUACAGGCCAGCAACUUACGGAAACUUCCAUCUAUACAUAAUAAUAACUAUCGCAUUAAUACAUCAAACAAAUGUGGUAGGUUGACUCGAUGGAGACAUAGGUGUCAUUUAUUAAAAGAGGCUUGUAAAGAAAAUGUUUUACGUUUUGCGAAAUCUGCGCCUAAUAAACGAGAGAGAGGACCUCGUAGGAGAAAAUGCAUAAAACGAUCAAUGGUUACUUCAACUCCGUUACACCGAUCUUCUGCAAAAGAUGUAGUUAUUCCAGCAAAAUGUACAACAGUAUCAAAAGUUUCUGAAGACUCUAAGGAAAACUGGAAUACAACUAGUUUAUCUCUAUACUCAUCUAUAUUGAAUAUAGACUCAUGUUGCUCCUCCAUAACCAGUGUAAAUGACAUCAAAUCUUCAGUUUCAAGUGUGUCACCUCUGUCAAAUCUAAUGCCUCCUGCAUCUAUAGGAUCAAAUUCAGACCUUUCAUAUGUAUUGGAUGAUGGAAGCAAAAGUAUUGAUACUAGUUCACUAUAUUAUUCCGCACAUUGUACACAAACAGAUGGACUUGCAGAAUGCUAUAGCUUAAUGCAUUCUACAUCCAUAUAUGGCACUCGUUCUCACUCAUCAGAAAAGUAUUUUCCAAAUGGAAAAUACGCACUUGGCAACAAUAAUGUAAACAAUAGUAAUUUAUCAAAAAAUCAAUAUUCUGUUGAUAGCCAUUUAUCAAAAUAUGAAUCAAACUUCACUACUACAAAGUAUGGUACAGUAGCCAUGUACAGUCUAAGUCAUCAUCAUUCAUCAGACACAAAUGGAAAUGUUACUGAAAAAUACGAUUCCGAUGAUAUUGAGAACGAUUACCAUGAUGUUGAAUAUAUGGAAGUUGGAAGUGAAGAAAUAGUAGAAAGUUGUGAUAUGGAAAAUAUGGUUACUCAUGUUCAAGAAGAUUGGGAACCAUUUGAUCCUUAUGUCUUCAUUAAACAUUUACCACCUUUGACUCCAGCAAUGAGAGCCAGAUGUCCUGCUCUUCCUCUUAAAACACGUAGCAGUCCAGAAUUUAGUCUCGUGUUAGAUUUGGAUGAAACAUUAGUACACUGUAGUUUGCAAGAACUUUCGGAUGCAGCAUUCCGUUUCCCAGUUGUCUUUCAAGAUGUAACGUACACGGUGUUUGUCAGAACACGACCUUAUUUUCGCGAGUUUUUAGAACAUGUCUCAUCAUUGUAUGAAGUAAUCCUUUUUACUGCGAGUAAACGAGUUUAUGCGAACAAAUUAAUGAAUCUAUUAGAUCCAACACGAAAAUUGAUUAAGUAUCGUCUGUUCAGAGAACACUGUGUUUGCGUAAAUGGAAAUUAUAUCAAGGAUCUAUCUAUACUUGGUAGAGAUUUAUCUAAAACUGUUAUUAUUGAUAAUAGUCCACAAGCAUUUGGAUACCAGUUAGAGAACGGUAUUCCUAUAGAAAGUUGGUUUGCUGAUCGUUCAGAUAAUGAAUUAAUGAAAUUGUUACCUUUCUUAGAAAAUUUAGUAAAUUGGGGUGGAGAUGUUAGACCGCGUAUUAGAGAACAAUUCCGGCUCUUCAGUUUUUUACCACCAGAUUAAUUUAGUUCAUAAAGUAAAACAAAAUCAACAUUUCAAAAAUUGCUAGCCUAUAUAGGUACGUGUAUAAUGUAUCUUACAGAUAUAUUCAACGGAUAAAUGUAAGAUAUCAUUCAAUGCGUGCAAUAGUAUACGCCAAAAGAAAAUUCUAUAAUUUGCAAUAAUGAUCAAUAAAAAAUUGUUAAAUUAUUAAAAAUAUUUCGAUAAAAGCUAAAAUAAAUAUCGUACUAUGAUUUUUAUAGAAUUUCAGUGUACUUUAUAAUGAAUUUAAAUUAAUCUUGUUACGAAGAUUAAUAUAAAAAAUAUAUUUGAAAAAUUAGUUAAGAAAUAUCACAACAUGGUAGUUACUAGAAUCUAUAUUUAUCGAAUUUUUGGGCAGGUACCAAUUAAUAAAUAAUAAAGCUCUCUCAUAAAUUACAUAGAGAUCAAUCAAGAUAUAAACUGCUAGGGCUCGUGCAUUAUUACGAGAAAAUUCCAUAAAUAAGAUUUUAGUCUAAAUUAUUUAAAAACAAAUUAUAAAAAUUGCUCUAGCAGAUACAUUAUAGCAAAUUAUAGAUAUCUCUCAAUUUAAAUAUAUUUUAUGUCCUUAAUUAUGCAAAAAAUGAAUAAAAAGGGAUUAAAAUAUAUAUAAAUAUAUAGAUGCAUUAUAUUAAGUUGAGAGAUGUCAAAAGAAUCAAACUGUGUACGUAGAUAUCUAAAUUUUUUUAUUUAAAAAGUUAAAAUCAAUCAUAUUUAAUUUUUUGUUUUCUCUUGGAGAUUAUAUAGUUUCAUUAUGAAAUCAAUCAUAUUAUUCAUUGUAUGCAAAGAUAUGCAAAGUAUUUAAUAUAUAACAAUUAUAAAAUAAGGUAAGCAGAUACCUAAUAUCAUCCCUGAGAUGAAAUUAUUGCAAUAGUUAAUUCAAUUAUUUGUUGCAAAAAAAUAGUAAGUUGAUUGAAUAGAAACGAAAUAUAUUGAUAGAAUAAACAUAAAAUACAAACUUCCACUUUUAAACAACUUCCGUUUUCACUAGUUUAUACUUCUGUGCAUAACUCAUAUGUAG